AUGAUACCAGUUUUAUUGGCGAUUCUCCUAGCAGGAUUUAGUCAUGCUCAAAAUGAUGCAAUCUUCAAGCGAUUUGAAUAUAAGCAUUCGUUCAGAGCUCCAAAUUUGGCUCAACGCGACGGGUCGAUUCCAUUUUGGCUUGUGAGUGGAGAUGCGAUCGCUUCUGGAGAACAGCUUCGAUUGGCGCCGUCCAUGAGAAGUCGUAAGGGAAUUGCUUGGAACAAGCGGGCAUUCACUGGAGAUAAUUUCCAACUUGAUGUUGUUUUGAAAAUUGGUGGUCAAGGCCGUGUUGGAGCCGAUGGACUCGGAAUCUGGUACACUUCCCAACUUGGAGCGCUGGGACCUGUUUUUGGAGCGAACGACUAUUGGACCGGAAUGGGAUUAUUCUUUGAUUCUUUUGAUAACGAUGGCCAAAAGAAUAACCCGCAAAUAUCUUUGAUGCUCAAUGAUGGAACUCGAUCCUACGAUCAUCAAUCUGACGGAUCUCAGCAUAUUUUGGCCAGCUGCCAAAGAGAUUUCCGUAAUAAGCCGUACCCGAUUCGUGCUCGUAUUGAAUAUUUCAAUAAUGUGCUGACUGUGCAUAUCGACGACGGAAUGCAGCCAACGCCAAGAUAUGAGCUGUGCAUGAGAUCGGAAAAUGUGUUUUUGCCUAAGAAUGGUUACUUCGGAGUGUCGGCUGCCACUGGUGGGCUUGCUGACGAUCACGACAUUCUUGAUUUCUCGACUUACGCUUUGUUCAACUCGAACCAGAAGCCUGCGCCAAAUGCUCAACAAAUUCCGCAACAGGAAAAGCAGAAGUACGAUGAGGAAUUUGAGAGACAAAUGAAGGAGUAUGAAGCGGACAGAGCCAAGUUCAAGGAGCAGCAUCCAGAUAAAGUCAAAGAGGACGACGAAUAUGAUCCAAAUAAGUACUACGAGGAUGCUACGGCUCGGGAACUGCGAUUAAUUUACGAGUCUCAAAACGCUAUUCAUCAGGUUAUGCAAAAUAUGGACCAACGUUUGGCGCAAAUCCAACAAGCUCAAAUAACUGGAACCGGCGCGGCUGCUCAACCGCACACCGGCGGAGCUCCGCCAGUUGCUGGAGCUGUUGGAGUCCAAAGUUUCCAACCUCAUGAGAAGAAUGAAGUUAUUCAAUCGUUGCGGGAUCUGACCCAAAGUGUGCGCGAUAUGAAGCAAUAUGUGAAUGAGAUAUUCACAAAGACUUAUAACAUGGAGCAGAAAUUGCAAAGUGGCGGCGGUGGUGGUGCGGCUGGUGGUGUUGAUAGUGGCCUUCACCAAAAAGUCGAUAGUUUGCUGAAUGAGCUUCGGACAGUGAGGGCUACGCAAGUUCAGCAAGCUCCUGGUGGUGCACAAAAUUGCCCGAACGUCUCUUGUGUUUCAAACGCACUGUUUCUUACUAUCAUUGUGAUACAAUCAGCGGUAAUUGUAGUCGUAGUAUACUUCAGAAGCAAACAGGACAAGGCGAAAUUCUAUUAA